AUGGGGACUCAUCUCUACCUAGGUGUACUAAUCCUGGCUGUUUUUGCGCCGAGUGUUGCAAAUGCAGACAUCGACGUGGUCUGCGGAAAAAAUUCUGUGAGUGUGACGUGGAGGGUCAAUGCGGAGCUGGUACCGUAUGCGGCUCGGCUCUUCCUUGGAAACUGCAUGGCGUCUCAGUGGAACGUUCUGCCCACCGGAGAGGGGGAAGCGCAGUUCAACUACACGUUUACUGAGUGCAAGUUUGUGAAGACGAUAAAGGGAAAACGUAUAAUCUAUCGAAAUGAACUGAGUUACAGGCCACAGGCAAAACCAAAUCCGCCACAUUUUGUGCAUCCCAUUGAAUGUGCUUUCAGAAGACCCAGGGGUUGGGUUCCCCGGUUCCUGAACCCUGGCGCAGGGCUUUCUGAAGGUCGCAGUGGGCUGGUCUUCCACAUGGCACUGCUCAAUGAGGAGCUAUCAAGCAUAGCAAAAACAAACGUUAUUACCCUGGGCUCACCUAUCCCAAUAUGGGCGGCAGUGGAGCAGAAGUCUCAUCAGCCGCUGCUGUUGCUCAUGGAGGAGUGUGUCGCAGCCACCACAGCCGAGCUGCAGCCCAGAAGCCAGGUUUACCCAAUCAUUAACAAGGGGUGUCUUUUGGAAAGCAGAAAUGGAAACUCGGUGUUCCUGCCUCGGUACCAUUCAUCUUCCAUCAUCCUCUACCUCCAGUCCUUUAAGCUUGGUUCUGGAGAGAUGUACAUCCACUGUAAACUGACUGUAUGGGAUCCUGAAGCGCUUGAUGAAGACAAGAAGGCUUGUCAUUACGUGAAGGGAAAUGACAGGUGGGAACUACUUGAUGACCCAUCUCAGAGCUCCCUCUGUAGCUGCUGUGACUCAAGCUGCAAGUCUCGGCUCAGGAGGGGUGUCGAAUGGGUAACCUUGUGUGCUCCAUCAGAUGGCCCGAAGCGCAACUCUGUGUUGGGACCCAUUAUCAUUGUGGACCAAUCUGACUUGAAGGACAGCAACACAUUAAUGGAGUCUGUCACCACAGCUGACUCUCAGCUUCAGUAAGCUGAGAGAUAAAGCUCAGUUAAAACUGAUGGCAACUCAGAACUGAGGGGCUGAUGGCAGAGGACCUCAACCUUUCUGGACAUCACUAUUGCAUGAUUUUGUUUUU